AACCUGCAGGCAAGCUGACCUUGUUCCCUUUUCCCUACCUGUAGAACCCACAUGAUACCACCCUGUCUGUGCUUGCGUGCUCCUCUCGCUCUGCAGCAGUUUCCUGGGGGAGCUUUGUCUUUCUCCAGAGGAUUAUAUAGUGUGGACAGAAGGUGGGGGUUCUUAGUCCGGUAAUCCUAUUAGGAAAGUCCGACAUGCAGUGAGACAGAGGGAAAGAGAGAGAGAGAAGGACCCCGCUGAGAGGAAGACGCUGCCCCCUUUCCUAGUCACCAUGCUGGCCUCUCUCCUUACAGCACUUUUCUUCGUGGUCCGAGUGUUUGGCAAGUUGGGCAGUACCAUAUUUCGUGAAGAACGAGCACCAUAUCUCAUGUACCAGCCACUUCCAUGGCACGUGCAGUAUGUGACUCAAAACAGAAGGGCAAGCAGGGAUCAGGAGAGACGAGGAAGCUGCCAGUAUACCUGCACCACAUACCCAGCCAGGGACAAUUACGGUGUUCGAAGACCAUCUCCAAGGAUGGAGUUUUCUGGAGAAGAUGCACCAGAAAGAGCGGCUCUGACCAUCCAAACUCACUAUCGCAAAUAUCAGCAGAAUAAGCAAAACCAGGGAUAGAGGCUCUCCCUUUCCAACCCUGUGUUUUCUGACAAUAGAAUAUUUAGAUCUUUUCCUUAUGUAGGAGAUUUUCCCUUUCCUUUGCCUUGCAUACUAUUUACACUUUGCCUUCAACAGCCCCAAACUUGAACAUAACAUGAACUGGUUCCAUUCAAUGGCUUCCGAUACUUAAACUUCAGGACACAGUUUUCUUACCUCCAUAGGAAUACAUACAAUUUAACGUUCCCUUUUGUGCAUGUGAGCCUGUGACCUCUAUCUGUGUCCUGUCCUGCACAGUACUCAAGUAUCAGUACAUGUUCAGUUGCUUUUUAAUGUACUCCCAUUACUGUUAGACACGCACAAGUUCAAAAUACAGAACUUUUAGGCAAAACCAGAAAUUGUGCACCAUUUGAACUAGAAAUACAUGUGCUAAUGUUGCACCACAUUCACACCCAGUAGACACAUAUGGAGAGAUUUAUCAACAUUCAAGUUUUAUUUUUUUUCAUGAUUUGAGUUUUUUGUGCUAAAAAUUUUUAUAGUUCAAAAACUUGAAUGUCUGGUAUUUAUUAAGUCAAUGGGAGUGUCAUAGGCAAAGUCAAGCUGUAUUUUCAAUUCGAGAUAUUUGAGUUUUCAAGUUUUUUUCGAGUUUGUAAACUUAAAAAUUCUAGGUAUUUGAGUUUUUUUUUAUUUAAACGUGUUUUCCUUAUUAUUAAAUAAGUUAGCAUUUGAUACGCAAGUUUAUUCCAUUUACAAGAAAAUCUCGAAAUUGAUAAGCCCAAUAAUGUGUUUCUUCCCAUGUAGCUCUGAUGUGUAAAUAUAUUUCUGUAUAAACAUUUUAUUUACAACUAUGCUUAUUGCACGUAUCAUGCUGUAUAUUUUCUUUAGAGCUUGUAUUUGGGUUUUAAUAAAUGUUAUGACUCUAAA